CCCUCCCUGUGAAGUAAAGUAUAAAAGAUAGGACUCCUCAUUGACCAUCACACAAUCACUGAAGUUCUGAAAGAGAAGAUUUGACAAAAAUUGAUCAUGGCAGUCAUGAGAGCUCUUGUGCUUCUUUUCUUGGUCCUUUCUGUUGAGAAUGCAGCAGCUCGUGAAUGUCAUCAUGGAUGGACACCUUUUGGUGCGAAAUGCUACAAAUUCUUCUCUGGGUCAUUUGACUGGGUCACAGCUGAGAAAAACUGUCAAUCCGUUGAUGCAAAUCUUGCAUCUGUGCGCAAUACAGUGCAAAACAACUUUCUCCUGAGUCUGAUUGAUUCUGCUGACACACGUGUUUGGAUUGGUGGCCAUGAUGGUGAAGUGGAUGGACAAUGGCUGUGGUCUGAUGGAUCUCAAUUUGACUUUACCAAAUGGUGCUCUGGACAACCUGACAAUUAUCAAAAUAAACCAGAGAACUGCCUGGAGAUAAACUUUAGCAAUGACCGUUGCUGGAAUGAUGAGCCCUGUUCAACCACAAUGAGCUACAUUUGUGCCAAACCUCUGAUAUCAUAAAAAAUACUAUGAUUGUACUACAUGUACUAAGUUUUUUUCUGAUCUUAUCCUUAAAAGUUAGUGUCUUACUGAACCUUUCUGAAAACUUCAUUAAAUCAAUAAAAGCAUUUAUAAAGCA